GGUUCAUGAAAGGUCAUAUUAUAUUUCGACAUACGCAUUGUAGUGUUCUGAUCAAUUUUAAAAGAAAUAUUCAGCCAAAUCCCAGCUUGUUUGCUGCUUGUGUCCAAUUACUUAUGCAUAUUAUCAAAAUCAAAAUUAAACUGCCAUAAAAUCAAAAUUAAAUGCCAUCAAUGCAUUCAAAUUUAGUGAUCUGAAAUGGUAUUAAACACAUUCUGCUUAUGGUCACAAGCAUAUCAAAACUUCGCCAAACAAAUAUGUAUCUACAUCCCGAACUGUAGAAGUGCAAAAAUUCCCGUUCUGAAAUGCCAUCCAAUGAAGUGCAAUCAAAAGCAUAAAUUGAUGCGAAUUUCUUUCAUCUUUUUAAUAGUUUUGCUAUUUGUGCGUGGCUAUCCUGCCGAAGAGAAUACUGAGGAAGAAACCGUGAUUGAAGACUUUUUUAUAUGUCGCACCUGUGGAAAUGAUGUCAGCGUAGCGAAUCUAGCCUUCGACAAAUACACCCCACUAGCGCUUAGUGCAACAAAUCACUCUUUCACGGAAACACGUUCCGUGCUAAUACAGGAAGUGCAGAAUCCGCUAGGAAUUCGAUUUCACAUCUUCCUCGUAAAGCAAGCCUCCUGCGCAAAGGUCCACCCGUGGACAAUCAAGUCGACCUGGUUCCCUGGCUACGCGUGGAAGGUUUGCGUGUGCCCCAAGUGUCAUACACUGCUCGGGUGGAUGUUCGAACCCGUCGAGAGCGCCACGGCAGAGCAAAGUUUCCCUUCGGAGGCGGGUUUCUACGCAAUCAUCUUUCAGAACAUCAUCACAGAAGGAUUCGUGAACUCGCUGCUUAUGAAAGAGAAAGCACUGCGUGAUAAUUGACAUACAUAACCGAAAGGAAAGAAACGCAAGUCACAACCAUGGUUGAC